UUUUGACAGUUUGGACACUCCUCAUUCACCCCCAACUCAGCCACAGCAGCACUUCAGGACGGACUGUCAACAAUAAACAUGGCGGCCGCGAGCUUGUAAACGAAGCAACGUCUGAAAAAGUCACCGCUUUUAUCGCAUUUUCUUUGGUCCUGGACUCUGCUCCUGGUCAUCAUGGUGAUAAAGGUGUUCUUCCCUCAGUGCUGUAACCGUGCUGACAGCGGUCUGUUGGUAGGGCGAUGGUUGCCGGGAUACGACUCUGCGGUGGUCCUGGCUGUGAUACACUAUCCCUUCAUCCCGAGCACCGUCAAGCAGUACAUCCACCAGAUGCAGGCCCAGAGUGGAGUGGAGCUGUCCAUUCUUGGUUCCUGGAGUUUGCCUAAAGAGGGUCAGGGCGACAUGGAGAGUUUUCUCAGAGACUUGAGCUCCAUCUUCCCCCAGAAACGCUGGCUCCAGAUCAGCCGAGAGAUGGGCAAGAUGGGCUUCUGCUGUAGCGUCCUCAACACCGAGCAGAAGAACAGUGUUUUUCAGAGUGCAGAAAAGAAGGGAGAGGGAAACGAGGAGGAAGAGGAGGGAGAAGAUCAGAAGGUGAUUUUUGUUCACUACGAGCAGCGAAAAGUGAUGCUCUCUCAGCUUCAUCGAGAAGAAAGCGGACACACCGACCCCAACCCCGAGCCCACGUCUGAACUCACUCAGAUGUUUGAGAGCGUGUCCAGGAGUGAGCCUCUGUUCUUUCUGGACAAAUACGACGAGGGUCCAGUGAAGUCCACUCAUUGGCAGAGUGAGGGGAGAGAGGCCAGUAUCGUGGUGGAGCUGUGUAAACAGGCGUCUGUCCCAGUGUGUGCUCUGCUCAGUGCUCUGCUCCAUCUGCAGAACAGCUUCUGGAGCCUCAGGAUCUUCAGUGUUUUUCCGCUGCCGUUCGUUUCGUCCAAACUGUCGACGUGCGUCCAGCUCAACUACAGAGCGCAGAGAAUGAAGACUUUGUUCUCCACCACAAUGGCCCCCGACCACAGGACCUUUAUGAGAAAAGCAAAUAUCUUUGUGUCUCUGCUGUUGGACGUGGCUCUGGGGCUGCUGCUCAUGUCGUGGUUGUACAGAGACGACCACAUCUCCUCCAUCGCCAACGCCCUGGUGCCCGCCGCCGACCACGUGGCCAAAGAGCUGAAGGAGCUGCUGCAGUGGCUGAUGGGAGCUCCGGCUGGACUCAAGAUGAACCGAGCCUUAGACCAGGUCCUGGGACGGUUCUUCCUGUACCACAUCCACCUCUGGAUCAGCUACAUUCAGCUGACGUCUCCGUUCGUUGAGAGUCUGCUGUGGUACGGAGGUCUGUCUGCAGCUCUGGGCCUGAGUCUGGCUCUGUCUCUGCUAUCGGACAUGAUCGCUCUGCUCACCUUCCACAUUUACUGCUUCUAUGUCUAUGGAGCCAGGCUCUACUGUCUAAAGGUGUACGGACUCUCGUCGCUAUGGAGACUGUUCAGAGGAAAGAAGUGGAACGUGCUGCGGCAGAGAGUGGACUCCUGCUCCUACGACCUCGACCAGUUGUUCAUUGGGACCCUGCUGUUCACUAUUCUUCUGUUCCUGCUGCCCACCACCGCCCUCUACUACCUCGUCUUCACUCUGCUCCGCCUGGUGGUCGUGGUGGUGCAGGGCGUCCUCCAUCUCACCGUGGACUUCAUAAACUCUUUCCCUCUGUUUGCUGUGGGGCUCCGUGUGUGCCGUCCAUACAGACUCGCAGACGGAGUGAAGUUCAGGGUUCUCUGCGACGAGCCUGGGACGUGUCUUCACCUGCUCAUGGAGAUUAACCCUUUAAAGUUCAGCUCGGUGGUUCAGACGUACCGCACGCCGACCUACAGCUGUUACCCCAAAGACUCGUGGGGCGCCCUCGUCAAGAAACUGUUUGUGGGACAACUCGUGUAUCCGUGGAGGCACAAGGCCGAAAAGACCGACUGAGGGACCUGCUCCUGAACGCAUCGAGAGGAGGAGGAGGAGGAGGAAAGAAGGGGAGAGAGGAGGAGGAGGAGAGUGGGAGACAGCUGGUGUAUCCAUGGAGACACAAGACUGCAAAAACGGACUGAAACCUGCCCCUGAAUGCACCACGAGGAAAGAGGGAGGAGAGAGAAGGUGGAGAGGUGGAAAGCUGCUGUAUCCAUGGAGACACGAGGCUGAAAAAGAGGAGAGCGGAGGAGAGAGAGAGAGAGAGAGUACAGGGUGAAAAGUCCAACUGAAACCUGCCCCUGAAUGCACCGAGAGGAGAAAGAGAGGAACAGGAGAAGAGGAGGAGGAGAUGGAAGAGAUGGAGGAGGAGGAGGAGGAGAUGGAAGAGGAGGAGGAGGAAAUGAUGGAGGAGAUGGAGGAGGAGAAGGAGGAGAAGGAGAAGAAGACAAGGCCAAGAAAACAAACUAACACCUAAACGCACCACAAGGAGAGAGGAGGAGAGAAUGAUUUUAGGUAGCUUAAAACGAAUGAAUCCCACUUGCCUUCCUAAGUCUUAUAGCAGAAGACGGGACCUGACUUAUACUAGAUACAAACAACAAUGAAAGUAUUUUUUUUAUAAUCACUCUAGCGUUUUAUUCAUGUAUUUCUGUAGUUCUUUUUUCAAAUGAAGUUAAAGGUGCUUUAUGUAACUUCUCUGCUAAAAAGUCCUCUGCCUGCUCAUCUCCAUGGAGCUGUUAUUGCUUGAAAUUGCCUGAAAUGUUCCACAAUAUACCAUCAUGUGAAAUAUUUCAGGCAAAGCAGUAAUAAGCAGAAAAGUUACACAGUGCACCUUUUUUAAACAAAUUGAGUUCAAGAUAAUCUUAACAAAUUAGGCUACGUUCAGACUGCAGGGCUUAACGCUCAAUUACGAUUUUUUUGUGAAAUCCGAUGUUUUUGCGAGGUCGUUCACAUUUCCAAUUAAAUGUGACUUGUAUGUGACUCCAGUGUGAAUGUUAAACAGCCCAAAAGUGUCCCACAUGUGCACUGGAGACACGACGACGUCAACCGCAGCGAGCGUCUCUGUGUUUACGGAAGUUGUCCAAACAUGGACGCAGCAUCGAGCACCUGGAGAUUUUAAAGUUCCUCUCGUACCGGAGCCAGAACAUGAACAACUUGUUUUAAGGAGGAGACUGAGAAGGAGAAGGACGAGGUUUUUGGUCGUGGUGUUUUGUGGGGCAGCAGCAGCGACGUCCGUUGAAAGGAACGUGUGGAUGUGGAGACGGAGCCAAGACAGGUGAGUGGUGAUGUGCUUCGCUUCAGUGACACGGAGUUCAUUAACAAUUUUCGCCUACUUCAGUGCAGAAUAGUGAUGUUUGUGUCUUGUUGAUAACGUGUAGGUGGAUGAAUGCGCUUUAGCCGUUCAGACUGAAGUCACAUGUCAAAAGGUCAGAUAUGUAUCAGUUUCAGGAGCACAUAUCCAAGUGUCCUGGGUCACAUUUGAAAAAAUCGGAUCUGUGUCGUUCAGACUGUCAUUAAAAGAUCAGAUACAGGUCGCAUAGAGGCCAAAAAAAUUGGAUUUGGGUCACUUCAGGCUGCAGUCUGAACGCAGCCUUAGAUUUUUUUUUUUUGUGGAACCUGUUCGUGCCAAUCACUUUAUGCUGCCAUAGAACACUCCAAACGACUACACUGCCAUCACAACUAUUGAUACUUUGCAGCUCACGUUAAACUGGAGGCACUGCUCUGUCUGAAGCUCUUCUACUCACUUUAAACUUUAAUCUGAGCUUUUUAUCACAGUCUGAUCAGAAGGUGCUGACCUGGCUGAAACUACAACAGGUGAGAUGAUUUUUGCGCUUUAACAUGUUUCUCACACAUAAGUUAAUCCCUCUCACCUUUUAGUGUAAGAUCAAACUCCGAAACCGGACCAUGAGCAAUCGCACUGAUCACAGGAAAAUGAAAUGAAAUGCUCUUUAAAUCACUUUUGUAGUUUUCAGACCUUAAAGCAUUUUUGGCUGUGUUUGCGAAUGUGUACAUUGUGUCACCUUGGUAACUGCUGAACAUUUUGGCACAGACAUACACGUAGAACACCCCCAGUGUGAUGUCACUGCAAAGUAUCAAUUCAAAGCUCUAGUUUACAGUUUUCAUUAAGAGUUUUUAAUACUGACUUUCUGAAACCAAUCUGACAUCUCACAUUUAAUGAUAUGUUUUAGUUUUAUGUCUUAGCCCUGAACCAAGUAUACAAUUAUUUUAAAGAGUUUAUCAAAUGUUUUAAAUGUCUUAUAUUACAUAAAAUGGACUCUUGUGAGCGUUAAGCCAUGUUCUAAUGUUGUUACCUCCUCAAAAACAAACUGGAGUUGUGUUUUGUUUCAUUCACAUGUUUGAGUAACUCUUUAUUUUUAGUCUGUCUACAUCUCCAAAGAUCCAAAUGCUCUGUUCCACCUUGUGAUGUCAUGAAGUGGCACUUUUCAAGUUAACAGCUCUUUUUACCUUUUGUUGUUUGGCAAUUCCAGGACUGAAAUCAUCCAAAUGAUCCUGGUGAAGAUGUGUGGUGUUUAAAAGAACAGCGGAGCACUAACUGUAUUACCACAUGACAUCACAAGGUGGAACAGAGUGUUUUCUGUUUGAGAGAAGAACUCUAAAGCGUAAAUCUGCAGGGUUUGUGUGAUUGAAAUAAAACUCAUGAGGAACAAUGAGGAAACAACAUUAGAGCAGAAAAUAGCGUCAUAUGGGCUCUUUAAAGUGAAAUAUAAUAUUCACCAGCCGCAAACAUGUUCAAAAGUUGUGAAUAAAAUUGCUCUUAAAGUGUUAUUAAGUAAUAAAGGGGAAAUCAAAUAAUAAUAAUAAUAAUAAUAAUAACGUGUGGGAGGGGAAAUACUUAAACUAUUCUUAGAAACAAAAAGGAAAUUAAAUUGAAAUUAUAAUAGUAAUUUAAAUUGACUUAACUUAAAUAAGUAGGUCAGUUUGUGUUCUUCGUAUUAACUUGAAAUGACUUGAAAAAGGCUGCACUUAAACAUGUAGAUAUAUUGUUAUUACAGACUUUAUACUUGAAAUAAAACGGACUUAACUUCCUUAUGCAGUGUACUACUUAAAGCUCUGUUCACCUCGUGUUAAACUCUUCCCUAAUGUUUUAUAAACCCACAUUUGUCAGAUUGUGCCUAUAGGAGCUUUAACUAGUAGCUCUCAUUCCUAAUAUUUGAAUAUGAAAAAGUCUGGGAGGGUCUGUCUGCACCUCUGCUCUUUGACAGGAAAAUGUCUCAACAGUUAGAGGUAGUUUUUAAAAAAGCUACAAAAUGAUAAAAUCUUGUAUCACUUUUUAUUCUUUACUCUGGGGGCAAUAGAAACCAGAAAGUUGGGAAUAAAGUUAUAUAAUCUUACACGAAGGCCCUUUCCCAUUCAGAAGAUAAAGUCAUUUGUUUUAAAUGUUUAAUCGCUAUGGCAACCGCUACAGCAUUCUCAUCAUGCCAUCAUCAAAACAGUGGAAAUGGACAAAAAAGGGAUAAAAAUGUGACUGGUGCAGAUAGAUCUCCCAGGCUGUUUCCUGAAUGUGAAUGCUUGUGCUUUGUCUUAAAAUAACUGUGAUUUUUCUUUACCCUUUUCAUGAAUCAAUUCAAAAUUGUGUUUGAUUUCUUGUGGAUUUUUUUUUGUUUUUUUAUGUUUUAUUAUUAUUUUAUAAUCAGUCUAUGUGAACUAUAAUGUAAUUUAAUAAAGAGUUAAUAAUACAAUUUAA